AUGCUACGUAUGCCGAACCCUAUAUGGGGUUAUCCAAAUCUUAAAUCGGUUCGUGAAUUGAUGUACAAACGCGGAAUUGUCAAGCACAACCAUCAACGUGUCCCAAUCUCUGACAGCUUUGUGAUCGAACACAAAUUGCGUAAAGCGCACGAAAUUCAGUGCGCUGAUUAUUUGGCGCACGAAAUAUUCACUGUUGGAACCCACUUCAAGAAAGCCUCCAGCUUGCUGAUGCCAUUCAAGCUCAACACAUCAAACCAAGGAUGGCGCAAAAAGGCUAAUCACUACGUUGAGGUUGGCGUUUUCGGUAGCCGUGAGCAUAAGAUCAACAAACUGUUGCGCAAGAUCGCUUAA